AUGUUGCUCCGAUCACUACAAUUUUUAAUCUGUUCAAGGCUAGGGUUAACCGUUAUCUUCCACUCCUAUACACAGAAAUGGCCUCCAAACGUAACACUCUACCUUGAGUGCCCUCCCCCAGGUCUUUUGAUUGAACCUCGUUUUCUUUCUUUCUUUCUUUCUUUUUUUCUUUCAUAUUCUCAUUUCUUUUCCACGCUUCCUUUUUCUUUCUUUCUUUCUUCCUUUCUUUCUUUCAUCUUCUCAUUUCUUUUCCAAUUAUUCUAUUCUCCACGCUUCAUUUUUCUAUCUUUCUUUCUUUCUUUCUCUCUCUCUCUCUCUUUCUUUCUUUCUUUCUUUCUUUUUUCUUCUCAUUUUUUCAACUUAUUCUUUUCUCCCCGUUGCCUCUUUCUUUCUUUCUUUCUUUCUUUUUUUUCUCUUUCUUUUUUCUUUUCAUUUUUUCAACUUAUUCUUUUCUCUACGUUGCCUUUCUUUCUCUUUCUUUCUUUCUUUCUUUCUUUUCCACUUCCACUUAUUCUUUUUUCAGGUUUCCUCUUUCUUUCUUUCUUUCUUUCUUUCUUUCUUUCUUUCUUUCUUUCUUCUUCUCAUUUCUUCUCAACUUAUUCUUUUCUCUACGUUGCCUUUCUUUCUUUCUUUUUCUUUCUUUCUUUCUUUCUUUCUUUCUUAUUCACUGUUUUCUCGUUCCUAUCAUUUUCUUUAUCCCCCCCCCGUAGUAAUCAAUAG